CUCUGGCGUUUCUCCUUCGGGGUAAGAUCAAUUUUGGUUGUUCCUCCACUUUCUUUCUUUUUCUUUUUUCUCGAAUUUUCACUGUCGUACAAAUUUUCUCGUCUUUGCUGGAAAUUUUCUGGGAGAUUUUCUUUUCUUUUAUCUGUUUCUCUCUCUUACUUUUCCUUCAUUUUCCACUCGGCGUCUUGCGAACUACGCAAGUUUCUUAGUUACUACUAUUUCGUUACCUUUUUUUGGCAUUUUGAUCGAAAGCCUUUUCUCGAGAUUAACGCUCUCCGCCCUUUUUUCCAUUUUAUACCAAUUAAAUGUUGUGUUUCGUGAAACGCGAACUAUUCUCUGGUAGGUGGGUUUGUUCGAAAUGGGAAGACUAUUCGUGAUAGACCUCGAAGGACUGGUUUAUAGCUGCAAGUAUUGUCAGACACAUUUCGCAGUUACUAAUGAUAUUAUCUCAAAGUCAUUUCACUGCAAACACGGAAGGGCUUAUCUUUUCGACAAUGUUGUCAAUGUGACGGUUGGAGAGAAGGAGCAUCGCGUCAUGAUAACUGGUUGGCACACUGUAGCUGACAUCUUCUGUGUUAGCUGUGGCUCUCUUGUCGGCUGGAAAUACGAAAUCGCUUACGAUAAGUCUCAGAAAUACAAGGAAGGAAAAUUCAUCUUAGAAAGGUUUAAGGUGCUUGGGCCCUAUGGAGGAGGAUACGACAUGAACCAGAACGAGCCUAUGACUGGAAGCGAUGAUGAAGAAUAAAAAUAUGGUAUCUCUGUUAUUUAACGACCCAUUGGAAAUACUUGGAAAGUGGUCAAUGCUUCGUAUAGACUAUCGGUGACCGGGAAACUCGCCGGGAAAAAAUUCAACAUUUUUUCGUGUAAGCGUUCAAAAGAAACCAAAUAUUCAUCAUAUAAGUAACAAAUAUAGUUUUUCUAUGAAUUUUAAAACUCAUAUUAUAAUGCAUAUCAAGUUGUUAAUCGUU